GAUAUCUCGGUAUUUGUAGUAGGCCUACAAUGUAUACAUCUAGAAUUCUAUAGAGUUGAUAACAUGUAAAAGAUCUCGUUGUAACACUAAUGUUAUUUAAAUUUAAGGCUGUGAAUUUAGGAAGUUGUAAUCCUCAGACAAACAGUUGCAUGUCGGAUAAAUGCGAUCAAAAGUUUGGACAAGUCUGGAGCGAUUGUUGAAAAGACGGUAGAUUGUAGAUCUAGCAUAUGAGACAGAUAACCAGCUUACAAUGAAACGCAUACAGAUACAAAACAGCAAACAGCAAACAAAUCUGAAAGACGAGAAGAACGAUUACGACGUGUUACUGGACGUAGGCAGUGAAAGAUCAAGAUAUGAAUCAGUUUAUAUUAAUGAUGAACCCUACCCUACGCCUGUAGGUAAAGAUCUCUCUGAAGAUAACAAGGACCAACUCCUUGCAGACCUACUUCAUUCCCAGAGUUCCAUCCUUGCAGAAAUGAAGGCACUGAGAAGAGACAACAUCCUCCUCCGGGAAACGCUGACCCUUUACACGGAGCGGCAAGACACAAUCGCGCAGGGCGUACAAGAUCAGCUACGAAAAAUAACCGAUCAACUGAAUGGACACCUAGUAGAGAUUCGCAAAGAGUUGGACGCGGCGUUGAACAAGUCUUUGUUCGAUUUUAUGGACAAGCAUGAAAAAUUGGUUUUAACCCUGCAUGACCAGCUCUCACAGACUUCUGACCAUCUGAGUGAGAAACUGAUGAAAGUUAGUACUAGACUGGACAGGCUAACUCGUGCAGACCAGCCUGUACAACAGUCUGCCGAUAAGGCGAGAAAAAAGUCCACUUUAAGUUUACCGUCUUUAUAACACAAAAUGUCAUGUAUAUAAUAUUGUAUCUAAAUAUGUAAAUAAGACAAUACACUAUUUGUAAUUUAAAACUUUGAACAACAUUGAUUACUUUUUACAAAUAUUAUAUCAACUCACCCUGUCUGUCUGGUUUGUACACCACGUUAUUUCUCCCACAUACAAUCUCGAAUCAAGAUGAAAUUUUGCACAAUUAUUCCUUUUUUUUCCUGACAACACAAGAAUCAAUAAAAACAAAAAAAAACAAAACAGUUAGUUAAUUAACUAUAGGCAAUUAAUUGUUUUGUUGGGUAUUUAAAGCAAGGAAAGAAAUUGAACUUGACUGAAGUGGUGGUAUAAGCUGAAUUUGUCCUAUUUAUAUGUCGUCGUUUGAGUGUUAGUAAACACAAUUAUGAACUAUGAUGAGGCUAUAGAAACAAUAGAUAACUAUAUUAUCUUCCAUGCUCAUAAACUCUUCACUAGCAGAGUGGUUUCCGUGUUGGCUUGAGAUGUCUGAGAAGGCCCACAAGUUUGAUUUCAGUGCGCUUUUUUAAAAGUAUUUUUUUUCUUUUUAAAUAUUUUUUUUUCUUUACAUCAUCAUCAGUCCCUUAAAUGGCGUUUGUACAGGGGGAGGGGGGGUUGGUUUUGUUUCUUGUACUUGUUUCGGAUGUUCCUUCAGAGUUGAAGAUAAUCUACUUCCUACUCCUAACCUCCUCAAACAAGGAAAUCCUAUGCCAAACUGUGAGUCGAACACUUAGUGAGGCUGUGACAGAGCGUCGCAUGAGGUUUGCGGGACAUGUUCUACGACAAAAU